AGAAUAAACUCGCAGCAGUCAAUUCGAAUCCGUACCCUCGAGAACGAGGGCUCACGACUCCUAGCUGAGAAUCUCUCAUUGCGCGAACAGGUCCUCCAGCUUCAAAAUGCACUCGAAGCGCAGCCAGCUCGUCCAUCAUUCGAAAACAUAGACUCCGUCAAAGACAGGCUGGAGGCCAAGAUUCAGGAACUUGGAGGUCUGGUCGCCAAGCUUGGACAGCUCAAAACUGCUCCCGACUAUUCGAGAUGGAAGAAUCCACCCACAGCGACGCGUAAAAGCCCGGAGGAAAGACAAUGGAGAAGUGGGCUGUGUUUGCAAGAGGUGGAGAAUGCGAUGCUCCCUACAAUUGUCGAGGAUAAACACUACCCUAGGAGGACUAUGAAGAUCGAAAAUGAGGGCCCUAUCGCAUUCGAUCCUUCGCCUCCGCCCGAUAAUGAUAUGGGGGAUCAGGUUGAAGAGCAAGACCCGGCCUUAUCCAUCAAUCUUGAGACGAGGAGAAAGCGACGUGAAAGCGGCCCUAAGCUGCACAUUCGUCGUCUGUCCCUGUUCGAACCCCAACCUGAGGGAGCAGAAGAAAAGACAAAGGCAGUUAGGACUGGUGCAAAGCGGAAAUUCAGCGUACAAGAGGACAACGACAAGCCGGAAAAUUCCCCAGAUUCUUUCACGUUCACUCGCAAGAAUGACACCCAAGACAGCGCAAAGGACGAGAGCAAGGAAGUCCGGCUACGAUCUCCCGAGCGUCCAGCUCUGGGAAGCAAACCUGUCAACACUGAUCCUAUACUUUCUCCCAAAAAGCAACGUUCAUCAGCCCCAGAAAAGGCGGACAAGAAGCCUACAACGCUUGGGAAAACGGGACGAGGGAGGUCGGCCAGCACCCGCAACGAAAUUUCUACCCUUCCCCCAUUGCAGCUGCCUACUGAGACCAUUGGCAUUACCGAAAUACGCCUUGAUGCGUUGCCCCCGAAGACUCCGGCAGUAGAAGACAUUUUCUCACCACCAGUGACUGAACCAUCCGCAUCGCGACAAGAAUCGAAAGAUACACCGCCCCCAGCAGGCAUUGGAUCAAGCGAUUUGACCAAUGGUGCACGACCAUCGCGACGUGCACGGCCCCAAGUGAGCUAUAAAGAGCCGAGUCUAGCUGCGAAGAUGAGGCGACCAGGAAAAGAGUUGGUAGAUGCAGUACAGUCAAAUCGACGGACAAGCACCGAUCCGACUCCUUCCGCCUCUGGAUCCGCCACCGGGAAGCGUGAGAACAAAGAAGUCGACUCGACAUGGAAAGGCCUGCCCACAAAGGCUAACGGCGGUGAUGAUGAGGCAGAGAUCGGUAGCCCUCUCAGAGAAAAACUAGGGAGACGAGAAGAGGGCGUCACGAUUGCGGAACCAGCGACAUUAAAUCCAUCUGCGGCCUCGCAAACCAUAUCGGCAUUAAUGGCGGGAAGCAAGAGAAAAGAAGCCAGUACAGCUACCAAUACCACGGCUGCUACCGCCAGUGUUCGCUCGGUCGAGGAGAAGCCUGUCAAGAAGGAGUCUUCUUCGACAGACAAGGCACGGAGCAAGGACAAUCUCGCGAUUUUCGACUUCACCGACUCGUCUCCCAAUGACGGAGCAGCACCUACGCGACCUCGAAUCGACCUUGCAAUGGCGUCAAGAAAUGCUCGACGGCACAGUUCAGUACCAGCUUCGGCAACAAGUGAAGAGAGAAAGUCAAUCUUGAAAAGAAAGGAGGACGGCCUACCAACAUUGCACUCGAGAGCGGGUAGCGGCAGUGGCGCGUCGACCAAAGCUUCCAGCUCUACCGGCCUCUCCAGAACUUCAAGAGACAGAAAGGUGAACGACCUUCCAGCGAGUGGCAGCGCUAGUGACUUGAAGGCUGCCGCACUGGAGGAUAAAGAGAGCAAGACACAUAGUCUCCGCGCCGAGCGAGCGGCCAGUCGACGAAAGAGCAUGAUGGUGUGA